GGAGUCAGUUAGUGCGAGAGAAAGAGAGAGGGGGGGAGUCAGUUAGUGCGAGAGAAAGAGAGAGGGGGGAGUCAGUUAGUGCGAGAGAACGAGAGAGGGGGAGUCAGUUAGUGCGAGAGAAAGACUUUGUUAGGAGAGAGAGCUCAUUCGGAAUUGGCAAGAGAAGUGCGAAGAUGUCUGGGCAAAGCAUUACGGACAGGAUAACCGCAGCUCAACACAGUGUUACCGGAUCUGCGGUGGCAAAAACUGUGUGCAAGGCGACUACGCAUGAAAUUAUGGGGCCGAAAAAGAAACAUUUAGAUUACUUGAUCCACUGCACCAAUGAGAUGAACGUGAACAUCCCCCAGCUGGCAGACACGUUGUUUGAGAGGACGGCCAGCACCAGCUGGGUGGUGGUCUUCAAGUCUCUCACCGCCACCCACCACACCAUGGUCUACGGCAACGAGAGAUUUAUACAGUACAUGGCUUCAAGGAAUACGCUUUUCAACCUCAGUAACUUUUUGGACAAAAGUGGCCUGCAAGGCUAUGACAUGUCAACGUUCAUAAGGAGAUAUAGUCGCUACCUGAAUGAGAAGGCUGUGUCGUAUCGACAAGUCGCUUUUGACUUUACAAAAGUUAAACGAGGGGCGGAUGGCGUUAUGAGAACCAUGAACACAGAAAAGUUACUAAAGACCAUACCGAUUAUCCAAAACCAGAUGGAUGCGCUUCUUGACUUCAACGUCAACGCCAACGAGCUCACCAAUGGAGUGAUCAACGCGUCCUUCAUGCUUCUGUUUAAAGAUUCCAUUCGACUGUUUGCAGCCUACAAUGAAGGCAUUAUCAAUCUGCUGGAGAAGUACUUUGACAUGAAGAAAACUCAAUGCAAGGAGGGCCUUGACAUCUACAAGAAAUUCCUUACUCGAAUGACAAGAAUCUCUGAGUUCCUCAAAGUAGCAGAGCAAGUAGGGAUUGAUCGAGGGGACAUUCCAGACCUCUCCCAGGCCCCCAGUAGCCUCUUAGAUGCCUUGGAGCAGCAUUUGGCUUCUUUAGAAGGGAAGAAGGUGAAAGAUUCCACAGCAGCCAGCAGGGCUAGCACACUCUCCAACGCUGUCUCCUCUUUGGCCAACACGGGCAUAUCUUUCACCAAAGUGGACGAGAGGGAGAAACAGGCAGCUCUGGAGGAAGAGCAGGCUCGCCUAAAAGCGCUAAAGGAGCAGCGUCUGAAGGAACUCCAGAAGGGGCCUUCUUUCUCUGCCACCACGGCUUCCUCCCCUGUGUCAAUGGACGGUGGGACCAUCAACACAGCACCGGCCAUCGACCUCUUCUCCACGCCCAGCUUCGCAAACAGCACUUCCAAGGCGGCGAGCGACCUGCUGGACUUGCAGCCUGCGUUUCAGCAGCAGGCACUGCCCAUCUCCACUGGCCUGCCGACAGCCAACACAUGGGGAGAUCCUUUCACUUCUACAGAAGCUGUCGAUGACUCCAUUCCAAACUUUAACCCUUUCCUAUCACAUCCUGUUGUUGAUGCUGUCCAUCUACCUGUCGAAUCUUCCGAUGGUGUUAGUUCUAGGACACCCAGUCAUGAAAUGUUUGGUGAUCAUUACAAUCCCUUUAUUGAUUCGAGCACCUCCAUUGCAUCUGAUCAUGAGCACACAGUGCGGAUAGAGCAGUUUAUCUCAGACUCCUUCUGUGGGCCAGCAUCUUACCCUACCACCCCUCUCUUUCAAUCUGAGCCCCCUGCUGUAGCUGGUCUAUUUGGAGGGUUCUCAGCUUCUCCCACCCCGCAGCCUCAGACCGCCAGAGGCCUUAAUGUCGACUUUGACUCUGUGUUUGGCAACAACGUGGACUCGGCGGGUGGCAUCCUCAAACCCACAGUGGCCUCCUUGCCCGGCCAGGGGCAAAUCCCCAGCGGGCAGCAGCCUGGAAAGCUGGUGUCCGACGACCUGGACUCGUCCUUGGCCAACCUUGUCGGCAAUUUGGGAAUUGGCAAUGGCGUGGCAAAAAAUGAUAUUCAUUGGAGUCAGCCUGGUGAGAAGAAGUUGACGGGUGGAAACAAUUGGCAACCAAAGACUGCUCCCUCUACCACAUGGAACCCUGCCACCAUGAACGGAAUGCAUUUCCCACAAUACGCACCAUCUGUCAUGGCCUUCCCUGCAACAACGCCGACGGGAAUGAUGGCAUAUGGAAUGCCUCCCCAGAUGGGUUCCAUGGGCAUGAUGACCCAGCCCACUAUAAUGUACAGCCAACCAGUCAUGAGGCCAGCCAACCCCUUUGGCACGGCCCCAGGAGCACAGCCUUCGGCAGCUUCUAGUCCUUCCAGUCAGAGUCCUCUCAGAGCACCAGGAAAGGACCCCUUUGCACAACUCUCUCUCAAGGAUUUCUUGUAGAACCUCUUUAGCAGAUGCAGUUCAUGUAACUUAAAAAGGGGGCUUUUGCCCUCUGAAGACAAACCAUGAAGCAGCGAGACUAACUUUCAAGCAAACAUCCAGUUAACUGUUAUACUCCUCGUCGAGAAUAUCAGCACAAAUAAAGACUCAAGGGGGGAACCAUGUCCAAGAGGCGUCAAGUAUAGGACACGGAUCCCAUUUUGUAAUUUGUCUUCCGAGAAACAGUGUUCGCUGCCAUUCUAACCCCUCUACAGGGAUCACUCAUCCCAUUUGUCUUCUGUAAAAGAUACAAAUGGUUGCGGAAAGGGAGACAUUUUGACUUUGCUGUUAUGAAUGGAAAAUAGUGGUUUAUCACAGAAUUGCUUGAGCCGAUCAUCAAUCGUACAUUAUCUAAUUGAACCAUAACUGAUUAGUAAAGCUAACCUCUGUUUAUACCAUGAUUUUCAAAAGAAAUUGUAUUACGUUUGCAGUAGACAUUCCUUGUGCAUUGUUUGUAUUUAUUUAUACCCACGGAGGAUAUGACAUUGAACUCUUCAGGUGUAUACAUGGGUAUAAUUGGAGUUUGAGUGUGACUGAGUUAAAAAAA